AUGAGGGGAUUCAAGGAGCGUGUUCAACAAGAUACUGGAAAGCGCAUGACAAUAGUACUCCAGGCUAUGGCUGUCGCGGCUUUGAGGCAUGUUCAGCGAAACGGAGAGCCACUCGACCCAAGCUUUGUCAAGAGCGAGACAUGCAGACUCAGACGUUGUGUCAGGUUGGAUGCUAUGGAUGGUCUCUCAGUUGAGAACUUACAAGCACUGAUAAUUAUUGCAUUUACUGAUAUUGGCGACGGAAACUUGGAAAAAGCCUGGCCGAUAAUAGCAUCUCUCACUAGAACAGUCGAAUACAUGGAGCUGUCUGUGGAAGCCGAAGAUCGCCACCACAGACCAGCAGUAUUGCCAGAUGAGUCUUCCCUUUCACCGCCACGGGAAUGGACAGAAGAAGAGGAACGAAGAAGAGUGUUUUGGAAUAUAUUCGUUCUUGAUAGAUUUUCAUCCAUGGUCAAAGGGUGGAACACAAGUCUUACUGCAGCAGAUGUCUGCCGAAGACUUCCCAUAUGCGGAGGCAACUGGUUUCAUGAUGAGCCUGCUACCACUCCUUACUUUGGCAUCUGGGAUCGUUCACGGGCCAAGAUGGGUAACUCGAUCACCUUUUUGCCGGGCCACUAUCCGAGUCCUUCUCAGUCAGCUGGCGGCGAGGGCACAAAUCCUGAGGCGCCAAAGUCAACUUCUCAUACUGGACAGAACAAUUCUAACAGCACCGUGGAUAUGUCCAAGACCAAAAUUGAUUUUACAAAUCGACAAGAGGUUUCACUAUGGCUGACAAGGUUCAAAGAGCUUGAUCUCCGACUAGUACACUGGAAAAUGUAUCUCACCCAAGAGUGGAAAGAUUCGGGCAUCUCCCGCGAAAUGAUGCCAGGUCUCAUGGAUCCCAACAUGACUGUGGCUAAUACAAUUCAUAACACAUCUCUUAUUCUGCUUCAUCAACGUAUCGCGUAUCCAGAUGCUGAACUAAAUGGUAUUCGACUUCCUAGCCUUUGUAGCGCUGAUACAUGCUAUAAUGCUGCUAUGGAGACGGCCAAUAUCACGACCAAAUAUCUCGAAGGCUCGUCAUCAGCUGGCUCUGUUUCGCCUCAGCUUGCAAUGGGCGCUUUCGUCAGCGGACGUGUUCUAUUAGGUAGGCAUCCUCUCGCAUUAUCUAUCAACCAAACCGGCGGUUCUGACUUUUGCACUACAGCUCACUGUCGCUACUAUAAAACAGCCUUGGCCGAGGAGUUCGGAACACUCGUGAAAACCCUCAAAGCAAUGUCUCAUCGAUGGACUGACAAUAGUGGAAGGUCCCAGGAUAGUCGAGACCCAUGCUUUUUUGAUCAGCUCUCCGAGCGUCUCGAGAAUCUUCACAGAGACUACCAAACCGAGAUUCAAGGGGAGCCGAAUACUACUACCAGCUUGGAUGUUCAAGUAUCUGACUUCAGCACUACAUCUGGCGCCUUAACUACGCACCAGUACCUUCAAUUCCCUCCUGAAAUGGGCAUACUCCCGCAAACGAAUGAUCUGACGUUACCGGCGCAGGAUUCAGUGGAGCUGGGCAGUACUCGAUGGCAAAUGGAUGCGCAAUCAUCCCCAACAAAUUCCAGAGACGAAUUAUCGACAAUAUCACAGAUGCUCAUGAGAAAUGACUUUCUGGAAAUGGACAGAAUCAUCAGCUUUGAGGAUAUGAUGCCUCCUGGGGAAAUAGCACAGUAUUUUAAGCCAAAUGCAUAG